AUGAGCGACGAUGAGGAUUAUGAGGUAGACGUUCCCGAGUUGGCAGAGGAUGAUCCUAUGCGAUCCUUUUUGCCACAGUCAUUUGGCAAGAAAGGAAAAGAGGCAGACGUUGCGGCGCAAAUUCAACGAUCCAAGAGACCAGUAGACAAGGCGCCGGCGACAGCAACAACAAAAAGUGCCGCAGAAUAUGGCGAGGGGCAAGGACAGAAGAGGAUCCCGCAAGAGUCAGCCUCUAAAGAUUAUGGAUCCGACGACGACGACAGCGACGACGAUUCGGACGAUUCAGAUGAAGACGAAUUCCCAGUCUCCCAUGAGCUGGUCCUCAAAACACACGAUCGCGCAGUCACAACCACUUCACUAGAUCCCGCGGGCUCAAGAUUGGUUACUGGAUCUACAGACUGUACAUUGAAGUUCCAUGAUUUUGCUUCCAUGACCCCGACCACUCUUCGAGCCUUCAAGAGCGUGGAUCCCAGCGAAACCAAAGCCUCUACGAAUUCCGAAACCCAUCCGAUCAAUCAUGUCGAAUUCAACCCGCUAUCAGGCAGUACCUUUCUAUGUAUAUCGGCGCACCCCCAGGCAAAGAUCAUGAGCAGAAACGGAGAGGUGAUUGCUGAAUUUCAGAAGGGUGAUAUGUAUUUGCGGGAUAUGAACAACACCAAAGGACAUAUCUCCGAGGUCACUACUGGUACUUGGAACCCUGUUAAUCGGGACAUAUGCGUUACGGCUGGAACGGAUAGUACUCUACGAAUAUGGGAUGUCAAUUUCAGAAGAAGCCAAAAAGAAGUCAUUGUCCACAAGUCAAGAGCAGCAGGAUCAGCCGGAAGGACUAGAAUGACGGCUGUGGUCUGGGGAAGUCCCUUACAAGGCGGGAACAAUGUUCUUGUAGCUGCAGCUCUGGAUGGAAGUCUAGUUAUGUGGAGUGGGGAUGGUCCUCACGCAAGGCCAGCUGCUGAGAUUCGAGACGCCCAUAAGCCAAAUACUUGGACUGGAGGUGUUGAUAUCAGUGCCGAUGGACGGAUGGUUGUUACAAGAGGUGGCGACGAUACGAUCAAGCUAUGGGAUACUCGGAAGUUCAAGGCUCCAGUUGUGACGGUUUCACACCCUUCAACUUCCGGCCACUAUGCCGUAACGAACAUCAAAUACGCUCCCAAUUCAUCCAGCAUCAUCACUGGUUCAGCAUCUGGCCAUCUCCAUAUUCUAAAUCCUGGAAAUCUCAAACCAGAGCUCGUCACCCCGGUCACACCGGGCUUUCCGCUCAUCACCGUACAGUGGCAUCCCAAGCUGAACCAGAUAGUCACUGGGUCUGCCAAUUCAGAAGUACACGUCCUAUACAACCCCACGAUGUCCUCCCGAGGAGCAGUAGAUGUCAUGUCCCGCGCCCCCAAGAAACGCCACGUGGAUGACGACCCCAACUUCACCACCGACCAAUCUACCGGCAUCUCAGGCGAAACCAUCAUCACCCCAGGCGGUGUUCUCACCAACACCAACGCCUCAUCCUUCUCAGCCCGCCAUCCUACAAUCGGCCUCACAGUUUCAGGUCGCUCUCGUGAUCCUCGAAGACCACAAAUCCCAAUGGUGACACCAUUCAUGAAAAGUCAACCCGACGAACAGCAUAUCAAAGACAGCAUUUCACUCAGUAGCAUGCGUGAUGAAGAUCCGAGAGAGGCCUUGCUGAAGUAUGCGGAUCUCGCAAAGAAAGACCCGUUGUUCACGAACGCUUGGAAGGACACGCAGCCUGUCACGCAGUAUGCGACGGAUGUAAGUAGUGGUGAAGAAGAUGGGCCGGAUAAGAAAAAGGUAAAGCGUUUGUGA